GCAGAAAUGAGGAAGCAGUAUUCAGGUAACAUCAUACUUGUUUAUUCACUCACAAUACAGUCUAAAUAUUUUUUUAAAUGCACUCAAACACACUUGUGCUGCUUCAGCUGUGUAGCACUCUCUCUCUCUCUCUGGACUCUGGCGUGGCCUCCUAUUAUUGCUCAUCCCAAUUACUGCAACAAGAAACAGCUGUUAGACUUAAUUAUAACCGAGGGAUGAAUCCUUACCGUUUCAACCAUGCCCUCGCCACAAGCAUAUAUACCAGAACUUCAAUCGUGUAUUAGUAAGAGAUUAACAGAUGUAUCAUCAGUGUAUUCUAUAGAGUUAGUUGCCUUAAUUGUAGGUCUUUAAUGGGUUGAAGAGGUGCAUCCAGACAGAGUAAUCCUAUGCACAGAUCAGCCUUAAGUAGCAUGAUUCAAUGCAGUCUACGAGAGAUGACUUAAUAAUAGAGGUGUAUAUGUUACUGUUGUCAUUAGAUAGAAUGGGAAUUAGGGUACGUUUUUGCUGGAUACCAGCACAUAUAGAAGUGAAUGCGAAUGAGGAGGCAGAUCAGAUUGCCAAGUAGGAUGUUUGAAGAAAUGUAGAAGAUAUACAGGUGUCAUUGGGUAAAGGAGAUGUAAAAUCAAUAAUCAAGAAAGAGGUGAUCAUUGAAUUUCAAAUAAGAUGGAAUAAAUGUCAAAAGGGAAUUAAUUAUUACAGGAUUCAAUCAUCAGUGAUUAGAGUGCCAGGUAAAAUAGGACAUUGUAGGAAAGAGGAAGUAAUGAUAUCUAGAUUGAAACUCGGAAAAACACAGGAAUAUUAUGGAUUACUUAUUAUUUAUGCUGCCUUUAUGUGCUUUUUUGGCACCAAUUAGCUUGCAUUGUGAGGACCGAUAGAGAUAUUCUUCUAAAAAUCUGAAUUUGUGUUCUACUGAAGAAAGAAAGUCAUACACAUCUGGGAUGGCAUGAGGGGGAGUAAAUGAUGAGAGAAUUUUCAAUUUUGGGUGAACUAUCCCUUUAAUUACUCAGGUUUUGGAGACACCAUUACUCAAUUCAAUUGAGGGAACGAGUUUACUCAAUCAGUUGAGUUGAGUCAGCUCAUUAGGGUCAACAACGGUCUUGUGUGUCUAUUAUUGGUUGUAUAGAGUACAGUGGAUUACAGUAAUCCACAGCACUCUGAAUGCACAUUGAAUUGAAUCAGCACUUCUGAAAGUGUCCUACAGAUCUGCUCAUCAUGAUGGACUCUAACGUUCUGUGUGUGUUUCUACUGCUCUUAACACAAGUCUUCACUGGCGUGAACACACAGGGGGAGUCGGAGAUUACUUGGUCUUAUCAAGAUGAAGAUGAUGGGAGUGUGAAGGCAGUGAAGGAGAUUCAGACACCGACGGACUGUAGCUGUGACUGUCAGGAAACUCGACCCACUGGAACACCAGCGACCUGGACCACCAUCAGCACCACAGCAUCCACACACAGCAGAUACCUCGAAUGCAUGCCAGAGUGUCCAUACCACAAACCGCUGGGGUUCGAGUCUGGAGCGUUGCUGUCAGAACAGUUCAGCUGUUCUAACCAGGAGCAGUAUGUGGGCUGGUUCUCCUCCUGGACCCCGAAUAAAGCCCGACUGAACAGCCAGGGUUAUGGCUGUGCAUGGUUGUCCAAAUACCAGGACGCGAACCAGUGGCUUCAGAUUGACCUGCUGGAGGUUCAGGUGGUGUCGGGUCUCUUAAUUCAGGGCCGCUGUGAUGCUGAUGAAUGGACCACCAAAUACAGCCUGCAGUACCGAACCCAAGAAAACUUCAAUUGGAUCUAUUACAAAGACCAGACCGGGAACAACAGGGUGUUCUAUGGAAACACGGACCGCUCCUCUACAGUGCAGAACCUGAUGCGGCCGCCCAUCGUUGCACGGUACAUCCGGAUCCUGCCUCUGGGCUGGCAUACACGCAUCGCCAUACGCCUGGAACUGCUCAUGUGUAUGAACAAAUGCACUUGAUACACGUGUCCAUCACUCGGAGAGACCACCUCUCUCUGAGGGUCAAAGAACCGCUUAUUUACCAGGAUGCUUAAGAAAUACAGUGAAAACUGGUCUCAGAUCAGUAAAUGACUAAUUAUUACAGUGUACUACCUUAUAACUAUAUCUUCUGUAUGAACAAACUCAAAUAACGGAUAUAUGAGCUUAAACAAAGAAUGUGUUGAGUCUUUAUAGUAGGUAGAAACAAAAGGUUGGACUUAAUAAAUGAAAUAUUUGGGGCCUGGGUAGCUCAGCGGGUAUUGACGCUGACUAUCACAUCUGGAGUCGCGAGUUCGAAUCCAGGGCGUCCUGAGUGACUCCAGCCAGGUCUCCUAAGCAACCAAAUUGGCCCGUUUGCUAGGGUGGGUAGAGUCACAUGGGGUAACCUCCUCGUGGUCGCUAUAAUGUGGUUCUUGCUCUGAGUUUGGAGCGUGGCGAGUUGUGCGUGGAUGCCGCGGAGAAUAGCGUGAAGCCUCCACACGCGCUAUGUCUCCGCUGUAACGCACUCAACAAGCCACGUGAUAAGAUGCGCGGAUUGACGGUCUCAGACGUGGCGGCAACUGAGGUUUGUCCUCCGCCUCCCAGAUUGAGGCGAGUCGCUACGCCACCACGAGUACUUUGAGCGCAUUGGGAAUUGGGCAUUCCAAAUUGGGGAGGAAAAGGGGAGAAUAAAUAAAUGAAAUGUUUCAUAGAUAUCAUCACUUACUGGUCUGAUACUAAGAAAAAAAAAACAGAAUUUUUCUCUUUGUCUCAAAGAAGUACCGAAUGUAUUUCAUAUUUCUGUUUAUGUUUAAUAAAGCAGCACUGUUUAUCACAGAUGUAAACAUGAAACACUUGGACAACUGAUGGACUCAUAGUCACUGCAUUUCAAAUCAUUAAAAAGUUCACUUUUGUUUGUGUUAAACUUUAUUCAUGGAUUAAAAUAUUUCAUGGUUACUUAAAUAACAAUUUGGCAUCUGGUAACAACAUCAACUCUUCUCAGUUUGAAGAAUAGGGAUGGCCGGGGUUAGUUGUCACACCUUAUACUCUUCAUUUGUUUUUUUCAUUUUUGUCAAUUACAGUUUAGGCACAAAGAAAGAUUACAAAAAUGACUGAAAAUACAAAAACCUAUGGAACGUUUUCACUAUUAUUGCGCAGGAAAGAAGAUACAGUUUAUUAAACACAUGUUGACAUUAAUAAUGAAAACACAUAUUUGAGUUAUUGGACUUUUGGCUCAAAACCUUUCGCUCAAAAGUGAUUCCUUUGACAUGAAAUGUUUGGAGAGAAAUGUGUAUUGAAUUAGAUUUCAUCAGCUCUUUCUCAUUACUGAUUUACACAUGGACAACAGUGAUGGAGGAGUGGAUUAGCUGCUAAUUCACCUAUUUAAUCAGGUUUAUGAUCAAUAUUUUCAGUAAUCUAGAUGAUUAGAGGAUCAUUUGCUGUAUAUCUAUAAUAAAAGCCUCAUUGCAAUGUGAUGCAUAUUAUUUGAAAUUGACGUUUUCCUGCAGCUGAGGAUUUUUCUGGCGUUUGACAUCUUGCGUACUGACAGUUCUGCAUUUAGAAGGAUUAUCUCCGAAUGUUAAAUUACAUAUUGCAUAAAGUUGAUCAAUUAUUAUUUCUCUUCCUACAUUGGCUCUAUUUCCCUAAAUAUAAACAUUUAACAAUCUACAUAGCCUCUGCAUCUGAUAUCCAGGUAUUGCAUUUAAAAUUGUAUUUGCAAUGUUCAAAAAACUUUAAACCUGAGGGAUCAGAAAACGUGUAUUUUGUAAAAAUGUUUUUGCUUUAAAAAUAAAAAUAAAAGGCGUUGCUUAAUGUUUUUUUUUUUGUUGUUGUUUUUUUGCAAUGGAUAUAUUGAUGGCCAGCAAGUGGAGCCAUAACAUUUCAUGCAAUUUAGUCUGUUUUGGUAUGGGUAAAAGUUUUGUCUUAAAUGUUCAAUUCUAAGGCUUGAGACAUUUCACUGGCUGUGAUUUUUAAAGACAAACAAACCCACACAAGACCCACACAAACCCCAAAUAGCGCAUUUGAGAUGUCUAUGCAAAGUGGACAAUUCCGUUUUUAGCAUGUUUACUCAUUUGGAAUAGUCUGGCGAAUCUUCACACAGAUGUUGCGCAAUGUUUAUAAGUUCUCCACGUGACGUCAGCCGUUCUGGAACUGAAUUAGACACGCCCCUCUUUCAUAAACCCCGCCCUACAAAGACCCGCGCACAGGGACGCUUGCAGACAUUAUCAUCACAGAUGAAUGAAUGAUUUUCAAUGUCACAGGUAAGAAAAUAAAGUAAAUAUGCAAUUUGAUGACAGCGAACUCAAACAGUUACACUGACCUUUACUAGAAGGUUCGUUUUUAAAAGCAACGGUAGUAACGUAGCAAAACAUUAG